AGGCUGUCACAGGGUCUGCAAGGAAGGAUGACAGCAGGAACGCUCUGCUUGCUCGCCGUGCUCCUCAUCUCUCUGCCGUUCCUCAAGCCCAGCCACUCCCUGACCAAAACAGAGAAGAAGGAGCUAGUGGACGCACACAAUAUGUUCCGCUCUUCAGCAUCCUAUGCAUCCAACAUGCUGACAAUGAAAUGGGAUACACAUUUAGAAAAAAUUGCGAAGAAUUAUGCAAAUAAAUGCCUCUGGAAACACAAUGCAAACAGAGGAAAUGUGGGAGAAAAUUUGUUUGCAACGAAUGGUCCAUUAGACCCAGCGACAGGUGUCGAGGACUGGUACUUAGAAAUCUUUGAUUACACAUAUGAGAAUAUGAGCUGUACCCCAGGGAAAAUGUGUGGACAUUAUACACAGGUUGUAUGGGCAAGUACUGACAAGGUGGGCUGUGCUUCACAAUUUUGUGAUCAGCUAGAAGGUCUGGAUAAUAAAAACCUGUCUAUUCUGGUUUGCAACUAUGCACCUCCUGGUAAUGUAGUUGGUUCGGUACCAUUUAAAAGAGGAAUCCCCUGCAGUGAAUGUCCAGCUGGAUUUCAGUGUGUUAAUAAACUUUGUGCAUCUAUAUCAAAGACAACAGCAGAGCAGACCAAGUGGGCAGGAGCAAUUACUCGGACAAAACCGAGCAGGCAGUGUCCCGCAGAGGAGUGGACCGAGCAAGCAGGAACAAUUUCCCGGAGCAGUGGUGGAGUGCGCCCCGAUGGAAACUAG